UUUUAACACAAACAAGAGGUUUCCUUUUCUAUAUUUAAUGCACAUAGGACAAGAAAUGCAUUAAGCCAAAUAUUCUAUCUAACACUUACAUAUUUGUUUAUCAAAACUCAGGUGUCUGUUUGAGUUGUCAUCAAAACAGAUCCCAAUGGAGCGACAACAAAUUGAUGUUCCCUCGGUUGACGAGGAUGCAGUUGGAAUACACAUUGAAAAAAUUCAGAUGAAAAAAUCUAUCAAUCUUUUACACUGCACGGCUAUUUUGGUAGCCGUUACUGGACAUGUGUCAAUAUUCAUAUCUCCAACAAUGAUUUUAGCCAAUACAGGAUCUGUUGGUCUGACCUUAAUUAUGUGGAUAGUGGGUGGUUUUAUCAAUUUAAGUCUGGCAUUGUGUUUCACUGAACUUGGUACAAUGUUUCCAUUUUCUGGAGGUCCUUAUGUUUACAUACUCAAUGUAUUUGGGCCACUUCCUGCCUUCAUGUUGUUAUGGGGAUAUUUUCUUCUCAUAAAUGGACCUUUCUGGGCCUUUGUCUCAUAUGGUGCUUCUGUUUACAUUCUACAACCAUUCUUUCCAACUUGUAGGCCACCAGAGAUAGGUGUUAAAAUCUUAGGAGGAUGGAUAUUAGUGACAUUUGUGGCCUUAAAUGGUGUCUAUAUGAAGUAUGUAACCAAGGUACAGACAUUUCUGUCAUCCACCAAGGUGAUAGGUCUACUAUUAAUUGUGGUUUGUGGAAUUAUACAGCUGGUACGAGGUGAAACAGAUCAUUUUGAGAACAUCAUGGCCAACUCUAAGACAGACUUGGGAAGUAUAUCAUUUGCUGCAUUCUUCUCUACAUUUUCAUAUGGAGGUUGGCAAGUUAUUAGUAGUUUAAUGGAAGAGACUAAAAAUCCAGCAAGGGAUUUACCCAGAGCAGUUUAUAUAACAUUUUUUAUAGUGAUGAUAGUGUAUAUAUUAACCAAUGUGGCCUUCUUUACUGUUCUGAGUCCAACAGAAUUAUUGAGAUCUGAUGCUGUUGCUGUUUUAUUUAUGCAGAACUUUUAUGGCCCUCUCACUCCAGUGAUUACAAUAUUGGUUGGAUUAUGUUGUAUUGGUGUACUUAAUGCAUCAAUAAUGGGACAUUCAAGGGUUUUGUUUGCUGGAGCUAGAAAUGGACAUUUUCCUUCUAUUUUUGGGACAUUACAAACUACAUUUCUGACACCAUGGGCAGCUAUCUUAGCAAUUACAUUUCUAGCACUAUUUCUUCUGUUUAGUGGUGGAUUAGUACUGUUUAUUGAGUACAUACAAGUAUUCUCUAUUAUAAUGACUUUGAUGGUCUUGUCAGCAUUACUGUAUCUACGAAGGUACCGUCCUGAAAUGAAAAGGCCUUAUAAAGUGAACAUUGCUCUUCCAAUUGUUAUGUUAGUGAUAAACUUUGUGAUGUUGCUAAUCUGUGUAAUAACUGAGCCUACUAGGACAGGAAUGGCUCUAGUAUUAUUUUUCACUGGUGUACCAGUAUAUCUGUUUGGUGUUAUAUGGAAAUCUAAACCUAAAUCUUUUAACGAUAUAAUAUAUAAAACAACAGUGAUAUUACAGAAGACAUUUUUAUUAGGGAAAUCAGAGUGAUUCAUUAGUGCCAAAUUUUGAUAGCAAUAUAUCAUUCAGGUUAUAGCAACAUAUGCAUGUAGUUACAUAUCAUUCAGUAUAGCAGCUAUACUAUAGCUACAUAUGUGUAUAGCCAUGUGUCAUUUCGAGUACAGAUACAUAUGUUUAUGGAUAUGUGUUAUUCAAACAAGGACAUCAUAUGUUAACUGAGAUGUGUCAUUCAGAUAAGGGCAUCACAAUUAUGUUUACUUUGAUGUAAAAUUCAGAUUAGGGCAUCAUAAUUAUGUUUACUUUGAUGUAAAAUUCAGAUUAGGGCGUCAUACGUUUUCUGUGAUAUGUAAUAUGGUUUAGGGCAUGUGUUUAGUGUGAUGUUUUUUAAUCUGAGGAGGCCAUUAUCAAGGAGGUCUCUCCCUAUAUAGAGAUUAUGCCACUGGAAUGGGUCUCUUUUUUGAUACAUUAAAUAUAUAUAAAUCAAUGGGUUGCUAUUUUACUCAUGUAA